AUGAAUAUUCAUAAGAAAGAUAUUAUAAUUAUUGGUUGUGGUUGUAUAGGUUUAUCGGCAGGAGUCAUACUUUUAAAGACCGGAGACUAUAAUGUGAAAAUAUGGGCAAAAGAUUUACCACCAAAUACCACUUCCAAUAAGGCUGCUGCACUGUGGUAUCCAUUCUUGUCGGAACCUCUAGAUAAAGUAGGAAGAUGGUCACAGGAAACAAUGGAUUACUUCAAGAAAGAGAUCAUUCCACUCGGUGUCGAAAAGACUGGAACUCUCACUAAAAAGGUCUACGAAUUGUAUCGUACUCCUCGAGCCCAGCUGCCAGAGUGGAGUCCAUUCGUACCGUCGUUCAGAAGAAUGAAGAAAGAAGAGAUGCUCGACGGUUACAUCGAUGGUUUCACAGUGGAAGAUGGAUUCGUAAUGGAUACCGAUCAAUAUAUGGAUUGGCUCGUAGAGUCUUUCAAAGCACUCGGAGGAUCGAUCGACCAACGUGAAGUCGUAGAUAUUCGUGAACCGUUUAUCUAUGCCGAUAUCGUAAUCAAUUGUUCUGGACUUGGUGCACGUGAAUUGAUUGGAGAUCGUCUUGUCUAUCCAUCUCGUGGACAGAUCAUCGUUGUUGAUAACACACGUGAUAUUUCACUUAUGGAUGAAGAAGAUGAAUAUCAACUUGGAUAUGUUAUUCCAAGAGUACACAACUCAGUUUUGGGAGGAACCAAUCAACAACAUAACUAUAACUUGGAACCAUCCAAAAAGGAUACAGAAGAGAUUUUAGAUAGAGUAGCAAAGAUUUCACCACAAUUUGAAAGAAAAAAUCUAAAGAUUCUAGGUGAAAAAGUUGGACUUCGUCCAUCUAGAUAUUCAAUUAGAUUGGAGAAUGAAUUCAUGCAAGACGGUAGAAAACUGUUGGUACACAACUAUGGACAUGGUGGAAGUGGAUUUACCGUUAGUUGGGGUUGUGCUCUCGAUACUUUGAAAUUGGUUCGUAAAGGUGCUGAUAAACUUAAAACCAGUAAUAAAAGUGACGUACCUUGGUACAGUCUACUUAAUAAAAGGAGAAGUAGUAGUAGUUGUAGUUUUGUCAAUGAUUAG